AGCACUGGCUCGCGCGCAGGCCCGCGCGCCAGCAGUGCAGAUUCAGCAGCGGCUGCUGCGGAGCCUUCUGUCGUGCUCGUGGGCCGCCUCGUCUGCCGCGAUGAAGAGGAGCUCGCUGCCGCACCUCUCCGUCCCGUCGACGACACGGGCACGUGCUCCGCGCCGUCGUCUUUCGCUAUUCAGCCGCGUCCUUGCUGAUUCUGAUUCUGAUUCUGACAAUUUGGGCCACGAUGCCCUUCGGAGACAACCCUUCGUGCACCAACCGGGACCACAGAGCGACAAGAAGCCUAUGCGGUUGCCACCCGUGUCGGCGGAGGACGAUUGCGUGGAGCAUGCCUCCCUGGAGAGCAUGUCGACGCUACACAUGUCAACUGAUGAUUACGCCGUGGGGAAGAGCACCUCUUUCGCGAGCAUGUCGUCGACGCUUCUGGAGGCGCAGAUAGAGAAUCUGGAGUCGCAUCAAUUCGUGGGCCAGCAGCCUCAAGCCGAUCAGGAGGAUGAGAGGCACAAGCUUGGCCACCUGAUCGACAAGGUCAAUCGUCCCCGGCCGUUGUGCUUGGACGGAGGCGAUCGCCCGUUGCCGCUGUCUCCGUCGCAGUCACCGAUGGAAUCGCGCAGUUCGUCGCGCCGACCAACUCUGGUGUUGCCCACGCCCUUGUCUGCCAGGAACCUGACAGCGAACAGGCGUCUCACGACCUUGUCUCCUCAGCCUGUCCAGUAUGCAGGUCCCUCGCCCAGGAUGCCUGGCACUGGCGACGCUGCCUCGCGAUCUUGCAUCCGCUCACAGUCCCGCUCAAUGACCGCUGGCUUUUCAUCCGCCAGGGACCACGAUCACGAGGCAGGCCCGCGGGCCCAGAUGCCGGGCAGCGGCGAUGCGCCACCUCGAGUUGGCAGCCUGGUAUUCGCGAAUUCGCCCCGCGCUGGUGACGAAGGGAUUGAGCCGAUGCGCAGAACCACGAGGAGGAGGUCGCGGCUCGCGAGCUUAUCUGGAGCAGAGUGGCAGGAUCCGACGGCCGAUGGGAUGAAUUCCCCCACCAGCUCGGUGUCUAUGCAGGACCAUGAGCACAUGUGGGUGCAUCAAGCAGCGGCGGCCCGCAGGAGCUCCUCGAAGCAAAUGCUGACCCCCAGGGACACUGGAGCACGGGGCACAGUGUCACCGAGUCCGAGCUCGCGUGUGCAGGAGGUGUUCCUGCGAAAGAACUUCACAUUCGACAGGCUGGGUGCCGACAUCGUGCGCCACGAGCAGCGCGGCUGGAGGAUCCAGUCGUUGGAGGGGGACGGCAUGCUCGGAAGGUGGAAUUCCAGCAACCCGACCGCGAGCGUCCGCCCUGGAGAUUUUAUCGUGGCUGUCAACGGCGUCAGGGGCGACACCAAUGCCAUGCUGGUCGAGCUUCAGAGCAUGGUCGUCAAGAUCUCCAUCGAGCGGCCCAAGGCCUCCCGGGGACAUGAGAGACGAUGGACCAGCGAUGCCUUCGGCUUGGCCACCAAUGCGGCGCCAGAGGAUGACGGCGGCAGCAUCGCAUCGGUGCCGUCGGACGAGGAGGAGGAGGAGGAGGAAGAGGCGCCGACAAGCAUCGCUCGUCUCGCCGAGGCGUUAGUGAAGCACUUCGGGUCGUUGGGCCGUGCACACUCCACAAUCGACUACAACAAUGCACAGGAGUUCUCGGUGGGUCAGUGGACCACAGGGCUGAUCAACGCCCACAUCAACUGCCAGGAGCUCUGCGCCCUGAAGCCCAGCAAGGUCUUCAGGAUGAUGGCUGCGCACAACGCCACGGACAAGUUCCACGUGGGCAAGGAGGCGUGGGCAAAGUUCUGGGACGAGCACUUCACGGACACAGAGCACCAGGAGCUCCUCAAAGUCGACCUCGGCGAGAACGGUGGCCGGCAGUCGGUCGGCCUGACAAGGGGGUUCAGGCGACCGCGCACUAUGCGCGCGAUCGCCAGGCUCAUCUCCCUGAGGCAUGCCCACGCCACGGGGAGCGAGGCCGAGGCCGAGGGCGCGGGCGAGCGCGAGGAGGGCGAGGGCGGAGGCGAGCCCGGGGGGGAGCGGGCCGAGGCGGAGGAGGAGGAGGAGGAGGAGGAGGAGGAGGCGUGCGGCGCCGCCGAGGGCCAGGGGCGACACGAGGGGGGCGUGGCCGAGUACCCGAGCGAGGCUGCCGAGGACGAGGCCGAGGUCGGGCACGAGGCGGAGGCCGAGGAGGACGCUGGCAGCGGUGCCGAGGGCGCGGGGGGGCGCGACGGAGACGAGCGCGAGGACGCGGGCGAGGCUCCGGAGGGCGAGGGCCAGCACGAGGGGGGCGCGGCCGAGGAGGGCGCGGACGACGGGGUCGAGGGGGAGAGCCGAGGCAGCACGGGCGAGGCCGCGGAGGACGAAGCCGGCAAGGCACAGGAGGCGGGGCAGCCUCAGCCACAGGCCCUCGACGGCCCGGCAGCGGACGGCCUCGCCUCGCUCCAGGAUGGCGAGGCCGCCACGGACGCGAGCUCGAGCUCGAGCUCGGACUCCGAGGAGGAGGAGGAGGAGGAGGAGGACGAGGGCUCCGAGGCUGCGCUGCGCCGCGCGGAGCUGCGGGCGGCCCUCGAGCAGGCCAGGAUGUCUGGGGGCGGCCCGGCCGACGGGAGCGCCGCCGUCCGCAGGCUGCUCGCCGGCGAGGGGACCCAGGCAGACGUGGAGGGUCUGGGCUCGAAGGAGCGCGGUAUGCUGGAGGACCAGCAGGUGAUCCAGCACGAGAUCAGGGAGCUUGCCCUGGAAGGGAUCGAGGCUGUGGCCUACGUGCUGAUGGCGAAGCUCGGGAGCUACAAGAGGAAGGCUUUUCGCUACUUCGACGUUGCGAACCAGAAGUGCUUCCCGAUGAUGGCAUGGGAUCUGGGCAUGGUCAUGCUGCGUAUCAACAUGGUAGAGGUCGCGGGUCUGCCCGCUACGCGCGUCUUCGCGCAGAUGAACACCAACGGUGACAGCUCUGUGUCGUGGAAGGAAUGGAAGGCUUUCUUCAAGGAUGUGAGACUGGACCUGGAAGACAGGCAUGUAGCCAUGGGUCGUGUAAAGGCAAGAGGGGUUGAACAGAAACGGCGGAAAAAACGCAGGAAGCCGCGGGAGAAUAAUGAGAUUUGGCAGCGUCUGUUCGAAGAGCUCUCCAUACUGGAGGAUGGCGGGUGCAAGGACUUCGCGGGCAUGACGGAGACGGAGCUGCGCGUGGCCGAAGCUGUAUGCCAGAAGCUUGGCUUCACGAUACACAAGAACAACGACGGGUCGAUCAGCGUGUACAACCACAGGACCGAAAUUCAUGAACGAGACGCGCAGAAAGCUGCGCGCACUUCGUGAAGAGCAUUACUACGAGUUCCCAGCCGACCUCACGGACGUACAGCGUGGCAUCGUGCACCAUGUCGCCGAGGAACUCGGCCUCGCCUCCUACGACCAAGGUUCAGGCGAGGAUAAGCACGCGGUGGCGGCCAACAACAAGGGUUUUCUUCAGAGGAUCAAGAAGGAACUUGCUGCUAUUGAGCCGGGAGGCAGUGAGCUGUACACCGAGAGUUUUUCCGUCUGCCAGCGCCACAUCCUCAACGCGGUUGCGGAUUCGCUGGAAUUGUGGGUGCAUUCGACUUCGGAUGGUUUAGAAGUGUUCAACCUCGACGAUUUCGCGAAAAAUUUACGGAAAGAUUUGCAAUCAUUGGCGGACGGCGAUGAGAUUACUCUCCAGCCCGGCCUCACUGACCAGCAGCGGGUGAUGGUGUUCGCCAUCGCGGAGGAUUUGGAGCUCUGUGCCGUCGACAUUGGCAAGCCUGAGUCUGGGCAGAUCGCAGUUGGCAAUAUGCGGACAUUCAUGAAUGAUGUCUGGGCCAAGCUUAAGCUACUGAGAAGAGGCUGCAUGGAAUCGUUCGACAAGGGCUUCACGCCCGUGAAGAACAAGGCGGUGAUCGACGUUGCCACGCAGAUGGGGCUGUAUUCUGAGACGAUGAAGACGAACUUUGGCACCUGGGUCGAGGUCCACAGGCUGUACCCUGGCCAGAAGGCUCCGUACAGGCUGCCUCCACCCAUUCAGUUUGCCGCCGUGGCCGAGGCGGACGGUGCGGACGGCGCUGCCUCAGCCGACUCGCCCAUCGCGGCGGAAGCCAGCGCGGCCCGCAGGCGCGGCGCCCUGGCCAGGGGCAAGAGGAGCAGCACGGUGGCGAGCUUCUCCGAGGACCCCUCGGGCUGGUUCCGUGAGGUGGGGAUCGAGAAGCCAAGCGCUCCACGCACGGAGGGCGGCAAUGGCACGACGGAGGACGACGACCACCUCAGCGAAGGAGAAGAGGAAGCCGAGAAUCCUAUGAAGAGUCUCUUCGAUACUUUCGCCACCGGUGAGUUUCAGGGACAGAGGAUCUUCACGCGCUUUUUAGACCUGAAGAAAUUGGCUACCAGCUGCAAGGCGAACGGCACCGAAGACGGAAUGUUCCAAAACUUCAAGACCGAGCUGGAAACAGUGUUCAAUGACACAGUGCAGUUGCAGAUCGACAUGGAAUUGAGAACUAAUAAAGGUCUAACAUUCCGAUGGUUCCAGGUAUUUAUGCAAACUUCCAUGCGGAAGCUCGGGAAAGGCUCCUUCGCGUUCUUGCUCAAAUUCGCCAGCCAGAAAGACGCAGAUACUUGAUGCUCGUGGAACUGUUCUAGUGCACACCUGUCACACACCUUGCCCUCAGCAUUGCUGCCUUUGUGCGUUCCCUCGGGCAGGACUUCUCGAGGAAGUGGCUCGGCUGGGAGGGGGAA